AUUGGUCCCUGUACGGCCUCUCAUUGCUGCUGGCUCCAUCGCACACUCUGCCAUGUGCCCACUUUCAGAGUCUCCUCACACUGCGGGUGGGUUCCAUUUUGUCAUAGGUGAGCUGUAUGUGGCCCUCCCAUUGCUGCUGCCUCCACCGCCACACUGUGGCUUCCAAACUCUGGUUUUGGCCCCGUGACUGCCCAAAUGAGUGUAAGUGUGCGUGAUUCUAAAUCGUACGGCACUCAUCUGCAUGUCAUACUGACUGACAGUGUUAUUUCUCUUCCCCAGCAGACUCCAAGGUCAUUUAAAUUAAAGGUACAGUGAUCUGCACUAAUAUAA